UAAAAAGGAAAAAGUACGUGCAUAAACACUUCACACAAAGUUAAAGCGUCAAUUCAACAUUUGCUUCCAAAUAAAUAUACAAAAUGACUACAGCCGCUCGUCCUACAUUUGAUCCUGCGCGCGGUGGCACCGGACGUGGUGAAAAAGAUUUAAGUGCAUUGUCCAAACAAUAUUCCAGCAGAGACUUACCAGGGCACACCAAGUUAAAAUACAGAGAAACUGGUCAAGGUACUGCCGAAGAGCUGCGCAACCGUGAUUUUCGCAAAGAAUUAGAUGAGCGUGAACGCGAAGCACGUCCCACAAAAACACUCCCUUCGAUUGUGCGUAAAGCGAUUGAAGCAAAUAAUUCAACGAAUAGCGGUGCAGGUGGUGCUAAGCGUGCACGAUUGGAACAACCAGCCGCGCCUGUAAAUCUGGAUGCUGACGAUCCGAUAGACAAAGACAGUUCGGAGGAGGACUCCGAUUCGGACGAUGAAGAUGAUACCGCUGCGUUGUUAGCAGAAUUGAAUAAAAUCAAGCAAGAACGUAUGCAAGAAGAAACGCGCAAAGAGCAAGAAAAGAAACAGGAGGAAGAACGUAUUCGAAUGGAGAAUAUUUUGUCCGGCAAUCCAUUGAUCAAUUAUGCCCCCGGCACAGGCGCAACUGCUAGUAAAAACCUGGGUAGUGAUCUAAAAGUCAAGCGUCGUUGGGACGACGAUGUGGUGUUCAAAAAUUGUGCCCGUACUGAACCAGAAAAGAAAACGCAUUUCAUUAACGACUCGCUGCGCAGUGAAUUUCACAAAAAAUUUAUGGAUAAAUAUAUAAAGUAAUGUGUUUAUGUAAGAUAUUCUAACGUAAUAAAAUUUGUAAUUCAUUUUAAGAAAA